AUUAUUACUUGUUAAAUAAAAUAAUUUGUCAACAUAUUUUCAUAAUUUUUCAAUAGUACAAUUAAAUAUACAUAGUGAUAAAGGGAUAUUUUCAACGAAACAAUAACUUAAUAUUAUGGCUGUUCAGCAAUUCUGUUUACGGUGGAAUAAUCAUCAGCCAAAUUUUAUUUCGGUGUUCUCAAGUUUGCUUAAUAGUGAAUCUUUAGUUGAUGUUACAUUAGCAGCUGAGGGUCGUCAUUUGCAAGCGCAUAAAGUUGUAUUGUCAGCAUGCAGUUCAUAUUUUCAGUCGCUUUUUAUGGUAAACCCUUGUCAGCAUCCAAUUGUAAUAUUGAAAGAUGUGAAAUUUAUGGACUUGAAAAUAAUGGUAGAUUUUAUGUAUUAUGGUGAAGUAAACGUAUCACAAGAACAAUUACCACAUAUAUUAAAAACUGCAGAAAUGUUAAAAAUUAAAGGUUUAGCUGAAAUGCCAGAUUCCACGUCAUUAACGAAAUCACAAAAUAAUUCAACAGAAAAAACAGAUUUACUUACACCUGGUGAAUCCAAUUGGAGCUCGGAUGGUCAACGACUAUCAUCAUCACCGUCUUCAUGUCCAUUGUCUCCUGGAUCACGAAGAAAACGAUUACGAAAGUCAUCAUCUGGAUCGGGUUCGGCAUCAACAGAACGGACAUCAGAGGAUCAACCUGGGGAUAUGACUUCUAGUGGAAACGUCACUGGAGUUGUUACUAAGACAGAACCAAACUCAAGUUUUUCAUCUGAGGGAAGUGUUUCUCAUAUUUCUACAUUGAAACAGCACAGUAGUGAAUCAGAAAUAAUACGAAAUAAUUCACAAGAAAGUAUUGAGGAGGAACGUCAUACACAACAAUCAGCUCCGACUAGAACUCAUGUAGGAUUGCAAAUGCCACAACCUGAAAUUCAAACAGUUGUACAACAACCGAUAGAGAAUCCAAUACUAGACUUGCCCGAUCCAUCAUCUUCAGGUACUACAUGUGUUCAACAGACGCCUGUCCACCAAGGCGUUCAAUGGACGUUAGUGGAGCACACAUAUCCGCCGCGCUUCGCAUUGUCUUCAUCAGAAGGUACAGGUCUCACAUCACAAACCAUGCAAUAUAUGCCUACUUCGGGUUCAUUAUCAUCGUGUGCAAUGGCUGGUGAGAGUUUUCAAUCGCCACAAGCUCCUGCUGCUGCACCUGCUAGUCCUUGUCCUAGUGUAUGUCCAUCACCUUCAUGCCCAUCACCCAAUUCAACUCCUUCUACGCCACAGCCACCAACAAAUACACGACGAAAACGAUCAAUAAAUCCACAAGCAGACGAAAAUUUUGUACGGGCAUUAGAGGCUGUACGAUUUGGUGGUAUUGGAUUUUGUAAAGCAGCUCGUAUGUUUGGCGUGAACAAUCGUACAUUAUGGCUUGAAUAUAAAAAACGUGGAUAUCCUAAUACUCGACCUAGUAUAAAAAAUCGUGUCAAACAAGAAUGUCAAACAACACCUUCACCAAAAUCUUCGCCAAAUUCCUCAUCUAUCGACGUAAACGACCAACAGCAGCAGCAGCAGCAACAACAGCAACAUCAACAAAAUCAACAGACAGUGCCAUCUUCAUCGUCGGUCGCGACACAUACAACACAGCAAUCACAUCUGAUGUGUCCACCGGCUACAUCACAUGCGAUGACUGGCGUAUUAGGAAGUUUCCUGGAUGCAAGACAUGUUGAGUUUUCAACAGGAAUGCAACGGGCCCCAGUGUUAACAACACAACAGACACAUAUCAAUUUGCAUGGCAUUCAUUUUAACUCAAUAUGAUAAGAAAACGUGAAUAUCGAGAUUCCAAGUGAACUCGUCAUUUUAACUUGUAUAUAAUCAUUUAUUUAUACAUGUAGUCAUCCAUGACCAGUGAUGUGGCGGACACUAUUCGUGAUCAUAUAUUUUACGCGUAAAAAUAUUUUUUAAACCACCUCGAAAUUUUCAACGUAAAUAAUGAAGUGACAACUGAUGGAUAUUUUUUUAUUGGAAAUUUUUAAUGCAUGCCCAAGCUUUUUAUUUCAAUAAGACCACAGUGAAAUAAAUUCGUAAUGUAUAUAACAAAAAUAUAUAUAUACAUAUAUACUUUUUAUGGUGAUUCUAGAUGGCAGCAUGGGUUUUUAAAU